AUGGGAAAUAGCUCGCAUUACGCUGGGUUGCCUAUUCAUGGAACUGGAUUUCCAAAGGAACUAUAUGAGCCCCUCUGGGACGAUUUAUUAACUAGCUCCAACAAACAUGGGGCUCGGAUCCGUUCAAUCUGGAUCGCAGAUGCUGCCAACCAGGGUGCCAGUGGUGUUCUCAAUGAGCAAGAUCUAGAAAAUGAUCCAUCCUGGUAUGACAUUAGCCGCGAUGUAAUUCACAUGAUCAAUCACUUUCGCGACCAGAUGCCACGGCCUAUUGUGGGCGUAGGUCAUAGUCUAGGCGCCACACAACUACUAUUUGCGUCUCUUUUCCAUCCACGACUUUUCACAUCCCUAGCACUGAUCGAGCCGCAUAUGACUGACGACCCCCUAGCUGGGGGUGGUCCAAUGCUUCCGUCUCGAGAGGCUGCUAUCGAAAAGGCUGGAAAGGCUUUCAAGACAUGGGAUCGUCGCGUAUUCGAGCUGUGGAAGAGAUUUGAAUAUCGAGACUUACCCACGUGCCUAUAUCCCGAAAAGCCAGCCAACGGCACACGUCCAGUAACCUUGACCACAACCAAGCGCCAAGAAACAAUGAUGUAUACUCGGCCAAAUGUCAAGCGACACACCCAGCGAGGAGCGCCGGAGGGCAAGAAUUACACAGAUCUCAGCUCUAGCGAAAUCGGGCCCCCGCAUGACUCCCUCCUGUUUCCCGACGUUUUGGGCGCGUUAUCGCCAACUCAAAAAUCAUACCGUCCAGAGUCGAGUCUGGGAUUUAAGUUACUCCCGCAUAUAAGACCUUCCGUGCUCUAUCUCGGUGCCUUGGAUAGUACACUUGGCAAGACAGGUGUGCACUUGGCUGCCGCAAAACUCACAGGAACUGGAUUUGGCGGCAGUGGCGGCUUGGAAUCUGGACGCGUGCAAUAUUCGGUAAUCCAGAAAGCAGACCACUUUCUUCCGCAAGAGAAGGUGAUAGAUACUGGACAUAUACUGGGAUCUUGGCUUAGCCAAAAGCUCCAACGUUGGCAAGAGGAUGAGGCUCGAGUUGCUGAUGGCUGGAGGGAGUGGUCUGGAAAAGAGAAAUCUAGCUUCCAGCCAGAAUGGAAAGAGUUAGUCGAAAGCAUCGCUGAUCUGAGCAGACAGUCUAAGGUAUAG